UCAGAAUUUGCGAGAGAGAAAGAAGGAGGAAAGACAGGAAGAGACUGAGCUGGGAAUGGGAAAACCUCAGGAUUUAACAAAACCCACAGUGACUGUCUCCUGAAAGGAUUUAGUUGCCUGAUCUGAAUCCCGCAUGGACGGAUGCUACCUCCAGCCAGAUGAAGCAGACAAUGUGAAGCAGUGCCAGGGACACUCCGAGCACCGAGACAACCCGGGACAGUCUGCGUGGGGUGACCGUUUUCAUUUCUUUCAGCUGUGAAAUAUCUCAUCGAUGGUUGAGAUUUGGAACUCCACCCGUGGUUCACCCUCAGCCGAGAGGGUCCAGCUUCAGGCUCGAUGGGCGCAGCUGAACGUUCGACCUGAAGGGGCGGCGGGAGCAGGCACUCGCGCACUUCAGCUCCGUGGCAACCUGAGGAAACCUUGUGCUCCUGGCUUUGAGUGACCAUCAAUGAUUUGCAAUGGUGACAUGAAACGCAAGAAAGGGCAAGAGGGAAGAUUUUUAUUUUCUUAAGGCAAAAAAAAACAAUUGCACUGUUUUAAAUCUAAGAGUAGGGAGGGGCAUAAAGCAUGAAUUUGCUGAACAGGUUGCGCCGAGUGUUUCGACAGCUUACACUGCAGGGCGUGCUGCUGUUGCUCUUUGCCUUCUGUAUGUUGACUGUGUUUAUUUCAGCCUAUUACCUGUACAUUGGCACUAAGCAAGAAACUGAGCCUUCAAGCGAAGUACAACAUCCAGAUUGUGAUGAUUCCCGAGUCACUCCAUCCAGGCUGUUCCCAACGAAACCCAUGAAGUCUGUGGAUGUCUCUCGGACUGACCCUGUAGUAUUGGUCUUUGUUGAAAGCAUGUACACCCAGCUGGGUCAGGAGAUCGUGGCGAUUCUGGAGUCCAGCCGGUUCAAGUACCACACAGAAAUCGCUCCAGGCAAGGGCGAUAUGCCCACCUUAACAGACGAGGACCGAGGCCGCUUUAUCCUCGUUAUAUAUGAGAACAUUUUAAAGUACGUGAACCUGGAUGCUUGGAAUAGGGAGCUGUUGGAUAAAUAUUGCAUCGAGUACAGCGUUGGGAUAAUUGGGUUCUUCAAGGCGAAUGAAAAUAGCUUGCUAAGCGCCCAACUGAAAGGCUUCCCCCUGUACCUCCAUUCUAACCUGGGCCUCAAAGACUGCAGCAUAAACCCUAAGUCACCGCUUCUCUACAUCACAAAAGCAAAGGAGAUAGAGAAGGGCUUCCUGCCGGGAGAUGACUGGACGGUUUUCCAGUCUAACCAUUCAACUUACGAACCUGUCCUGCUCGCCAAGACUAAGUCUGCUGAGAAUAUCCCUCACAUGGAGGUGGAUGCUGCUCUCCACACGACAGUGGUCCAGGACUUGGGGCUCCACGAUGGCAUCCAGCGAGUGCUGUUCGGAAACAACAUGAACUUUUGGCUCCACAAGCUUGUCUUUGUGGACGCUGUCUCAUUUCUAACCGGAAAGAGACUUUCUCUCUCGUUGGACAGGUACAUUUUGGUGGACAUCGAUGACAUCUUUGUUGGGAAGGAGGGGACCAGGAUGAAAGCGGAGGAUGUGAAGGCUUUGCUUGAAACCCAGAAGCAAUUGCGAGUCCAUGUUCCAAACUUCACCUUCAACCUGGGCUUCUCCGGAAAGUUCUACUACACUGGAACUAAUGAGGAAGACCAAGGAGACAGCCUUCUACUGGCCAAUGUGGAUGAGUUUUGGUGGUUUCCGCACAUGUGGAGUCAUAUGCAGCCUCACCUCUUCCACAACCAGUCUGUUCUGGCAGAGCAAAUGCUCCUCAACAAACAAUUUGCACUGGAGCACGGUAUUCCUAUCGACAUGGGCUAUGCAGUGGCGCCUCAUCAUUCUGGUGUUUACCCAGUUCACAUCCAGCUCUAUGAAGCAUGGAAGCAGGUCUGGGGGAUGAAGGUAACAAGUACAGAGGAGUAUCCGCACUUGAAACCAGCACGAUUCCGACGAGGGUUCAAUCACAAUGGCAUCAUGGUUCUGCCUCGUCAGACUUGUGGCCUUUUCACACAUACUAUAUUCUACAAUGAGUACCCCGGAGGACCCAAAGAGUUGGAUAAGAUUAUUAAUGGCGGAGAGCUGUUCCUCACUGUCCUCCUUAACCCUAUUAGCAUCUUUAUGACCCAUCUGUCAAACUACGGGAACGACCGCCUGGGUCUGUACACCUUUAAGAACCUGAUCAGCUUCGUGCAGUGCUGGACAAACCUAAAGCUGCAGACGCUCCCGCCCGUCCAACUCGCUCAGAAAUACUUCCAGCUCUUCCCCGAGGAGAGGGACCCCCUCUGGCAGGAUCCUUGCGAAGAUAGGAGGCACAAAGACAUCUGGUCAAAAGAAAAGACAUGUGAUAGACUUCCAAAACUACUUAUUAUAGGACCCCAAAAGUCAGGUACCACAGCUCUCUACCUUUUCCUCACUAUGCACCCAGAUGUCACCAGUAAUUCUCCAAACCCAGACAGCUUUGAGGAGUUGCAGUUCUUUAAUGGUCCGAACUAUCACAAGGGCAUUGACUGGUACAUGGAUUUUUUCCCUGUUCCUUCCAACACAAGCUCGGAUUUCCUCUUUGAGAAGAGUGCGAAUUACUUUGAUUCUGAGGUGACCCCGAAACGAGCCGCGACUCUGCUUCCGAAGGCCAAAAUCAUCACCAUCCUCAUCAGCCCCGCAGAUCGAGCGUACUCCUGGUACCAGCAUCAGCGGGCCCACGAUGAUCCUGUGGCCUUGAAGUACAGUUUCUAUGAGGUAAUCACUGCCAGAGUGGACAUGAUGCCAAAGCUGAGAGCCCUCCGGAACCGGUGUCUCAUUCCUGGCUGGUACGCGAUGCACAUCGAGCACUGGCUUAACCACUACCACGCCAACCAGGUCCUUGUCCUUGACGGUCAGCUUCUCCGAACAGAGCCAGCAGCCACGAUGGAAAAGGUGCAGAAAUUCCUGGGGCUUCGAAACGUUGUUGAUUAUCACAAGUUGCUGAUAUUUGAUCCGAAGAAAGGUUUCUGGUGUCAGCUGCUAGAUGGCAAUAAAGCAAAGUGCCUGGGGAAGAGCAAAGGCCGGAGAUACCCAGAGAUGGACACAGACUCAAGAGUCUUUUUAAGAGAAUACUAUAGGGAUUCCAACAUUGAGCUUUCGAAGCUGCUGUAUAAACUGGGACAGACUCUCCCCACAUGGUUGAGAGAAGAGCUCCAGAACAACAGGUAGCUGUCCGACCUGCGGCAAAGGGUGAACUCAUGCAUUCAUGCUUCAAACCGUUCCCUGAAGAGAUCAAGACAGCAUUUCAGUCUCAUCAUCAUUCAUUCGCUAACGGCCUGGUUGAUUCCUAGUCCUACUGAGUACUGAUUGGGUCUCCAGGGACCAUUGAAGCAUUCAACAUUGCUGAUGGUUUAUUAGGCCUGCGGGGUGGCCGGUGCUUAUGAUUUAAGUGCUGACUGGAUGCUUGUGAAGAUCAUUGUAUAUUUUCAUCUCUCUGCUCUGGGUGGCUUCUCCAGGAGGACCAGAAGGGAGUGAAAGCUGUAAGCAAUAAUUGGUUCCUCAAAGCACGGCUGGAGUUCAGUCUAGACCUACGUUCGUUCCUCCUGAAGUGUUGCUGCAUAGAACCAUUAUUCAGUUUCAAUUAACUCUCAGGAGAGGUCCGUUGAACUCUCCCUCAAAACAGUCACAGUGAAGAGUAUGUUGGAAGGGAGAUCCUGGCAAGAACUCUGUUCUUCACCUGACCUGCAACAACUCGCUCAGAAAGAUGUCGCCUUAAGUGAGUUGCUUUUGACUGGUUCCCUAAGGAGCUUACUGGAUUGAAGGGUGUACCAGAUUUUCUUUAGGAAACAAUUCUUUAAAUCUCUAAACACAGACUCUGCACAACAGCGCGUGGCAGGCCAAGGCUGACAACCAGAUGAACGCUAAUCACAACUCCUUCUGUCAGAGGCCAGCAAAUAAGACAGUCGUUUGUGUACAAUAGGACCAGAGUCACAAAAAAAAACCAUUUCAAAAUGACCACUAUUUCCUUAAUCUCAUUGUAAUACUUUGCAGCUGAAGUUUAAGGUGGCAGAAUUCCGCUUCCUCCCUUCAGAUUAAAUUUAUAAAGGGGCAUCAUUGCUUUUCUACAGAAACUGGUUUACAGAAAGCUGUUCAGAAAUGAUUCAAGAUCAGUGACCAAGUGGCAGUCACAGGGUACUGCUGCCGUUCAGUUACUAUGAAUGCAGUUCAAUUCCCCAAAAUUUCAGUAUGUUGAUGAAUAGCGUGUGGUGUAUUUAAUGUAAUGAUGCCAUGUUUAAAGAGCUCUGCACUCUUGGAAAAAAAAUACCUGAUGUGUUUCACGAUUUCACUAGCCUCUCGCUGGUGUUCCAAAAGUAGCAUCGCAACGGAUUGGUUCAACCUCUUCAUGGUUUUGAGUUUGAAAUAUUUGUCUUUUUUUAAAAGCCUUUUGUCCUAUUCAAACACAAGUAUAUUUGAGCCAUUGCAUAGAGAUGAAGUGUAACCAAGAAUCUUCCAUCUUCCUGAAAACAUUGCCGGAAAGUUCCACACGAUACUGAAGAUGGAUGAGCCCUCCAAUUUGAACAACCUAUCAAUUAUUCUAAACCAGGUCAAUGAGCUGGAAGAGGCUCUGCAGAACAUUUAAUAUAGAGGCUUCUCAAUUGGACCAAAUAGAUUUCGGUAGGGACAUAUGAUAUGCUAAUGUCAACUAUUGCUCCUUUGAAUUUGGCCAAGAACUUUGUCAGCGUUUUUGGCUGAUGUGGGUCGGAGUCAAACCAUCUCCAUUUGGUCUUGUAAAAUACAGUUGAGCUUCCAAAUUAGCAUAUUGACGGCUGGACAAGUCUUGGUCAUGGAUGCAACAAUAUCCUCAGAAUGAGAAUAAAGUGAUGGAAAUUGGGUUGAGCCACUCUUGGGCUGUGAGGUUACCUGGUGUUAGACAGAAGAUUGAGAUGAGAGCAAGGCUUUAUCCCUUGCGGUUAGCAGGGAUACAGAUAUUUGAGGUGCAGAUAAUGGAGGUUCUCCUGUGGAUUUUGCGAGACGGGGCUCUGUACCAGCCAAAACUACCUGAUAGUAAAGGAAGUUGCUUUUCAGAGGAUUGUAUCUGAGGAUAUGCUCCAGGAAUGGAUUUCUUUCUCCAUAGUUUCCCUUUUAAUGAUUUGAAACCAAUGUUUCAGUUCGAAAUGUUCAGCCACUUCUUGGCAAUAAAUAAUUUGGCCUGUCCCCCCAUUUCCUCCUGAUGAAAAGUUAGCUGCAUCUGAGAAAGCGAGACCCCCUUUCACCGCACUCCUCAUCUGUUUAAAUAAGUGUGUAUUACAAACUUCCCAGCAUUGAGCAUUACAUGAAAUGUGAAGUUUACAUCUGUUUGUACUUUUGGAAGACCAUUAUUACGGUAAUUUAUUAACUUAAAGUGUUUAAAUCUGUAAAUUUAAAUACCCUGUAAUUUACUCACCAACUAUAAGGUUAACACUCUCACCAUUGGAAUCAGAAACGGUUUGGACUGCAUUUUGAUUCCAUUUACAUGGGACAGAAUACUUCUUGUGCGUUUAAUUUAUCAUCAUGGUUUACACUAGUUUACUGCAAUUUGCUACAGCCUUGCCUCGGGCUCCUA